AUGCCGUCAAGGAGAGAAAGCCAGGGAGAGGUUGGCGUCAUCGGGGCAAACCUCGUGGGCCAAGGAACGGGCCGUCUCCCCCCUCAAACACGUGAUCAAAAUUUCGACAACAGGGAAAGAAACAACUCGACUACCCCAAUCGUGUAUUUUCCUUCUCGCAAACGUUCCUCCUCUUCAUCGUUAGCCAUCCCAACGGCUGGAUCAUCGUCUUCUCUCGGCUACCGUCCCGUGCCCUCCCGGGCGCACCGAACCAUCCAACACUCCAACAGUACGGGCACCCUCACUUCGAUAGAGUCGGGAGCCCACACCAUGACGAGUUUAGAAUGGGUCCGUUGUGGCUCUGGGGGCAAAAUUUGUAUAUUUCUCGUACUUGGAAUUAUUUUACUGAUGUUGGGCAUUUUCAUCGGAGCCUUUUAUUUGAACAUCCAACAGCUGACUAGUUCUUCUACCCUCACUGAAGUCCUGCCAAAUUAUGUCAUCGCAUUGUCGGUGAUGCUUAUUGGAUUCAGUGUCAUUAUUUUAUUCUGGAAGAGAUCCAGAGUGCUGUUAUUUAUUGCAAUGGUACUUAAUGUUUGUGGCUUCAUCUUAUGCCUCCUGACAACCAUUUUAACUGGGACUCACAUCUUAAAACCAAUUGUCAACAUCACUUACUGUGAAUACCGUGCAGCGUCUAAAACAUCUUCUUCUUCUUCUUCUAUUUCUCCUCCUCUUCUUUCUUCUUCUAUUUCUCCUCCUCUUCCUUCUUCUUCUAUCUCUCCUCCUUCUUCCUUUUGGGUUGGGCAGGAAUUGUUUAAGUUGCCAUUCUAUGGAAGCAGCAACUGUGAAAUUAAGACUUUGCUUCCCAAAAUGCUGUAUGUGUUGUGCGCAAACAACCUUAUUGCUGCUCUCAUCUGUGCUAUUGCCUACAUCAUUACACUUCGGGUAUAUCGUAUGAAAAAGAACAAAGAAGAUGAACUUGAUGAUGAAAUCUAUGACCCAGAAGAUAUGCACCACAUCAACAGAGAUGAUUCUUACCUGUCAAGUCGGUGUCAUGAUAAUCACUAUUCAGGUAUUCCGCCAAGCCCAGAGAGCCCAGUCCCCCUCCUGGAAGCUGUAUCUUCACGAGGAAUCAGUAUUGUGGACAAGACUUCUAUCUUGAAGGACUUAUUACCUGACAUUGGUAAGAAACGACUUGUGAAGCGUAGCCAAAGUUUCAGCUAUCAUGGUCGAAGUGUGGAAGGGACCUGUGAUUCCAUGGAUGAUAGUGAUGGGAAAAUUUUUGACAGGACCCACCCCAGACAUAUGAAGGGUCGCAAUGUACCUUGUCGAACCCUUAGUGAGACUGUACGACCCUCAAGUGCUGGCACACCUGAUAAUUCCAAGAAGAAAUUUUCUAAGCAGGAAGCACAACAUCAAGUUGGCAGUGAAGACAGUUUGGAUAACAGGCAAUUAUUAUUAAUUUUGGGUCUCCAUAUGCGUAACAUCCAAGAACAACAUGAAGCCGAAAUCCAAAGCAUUCAACAAGAACACUUUUCCCUUUCGUGCCAAGACUCCUCAACCUUACUAUCCUAUUUUUCACCUGGGGAUGAUAAGCAGGAACGAGGUAAUAUAUCUGGAACUUCAACAGAGUUUUCUCCCCCUGGAAAUAAUCCUAACCGUAGCAAUGCAUCAGGGACAUCAGUAGAUCAAUCCCCAAGUGCUUUCCAAGAUGUGAGAAAAGUGUGUGACACUCCCAUUGCUCACCCCAAAAUGUUACCCACAACUCCAACUGAUUCACCAACAAGUGCCAACUAUGAUGGACAAUCAAGAACUGAUUGCGAUAAAUCUUUGAAGACAUUGCUUGUUUAUUCACCAGAAGACAACAUUAACUACGAGGACACAUCUGGGAGUAAAGUUGACUUUUCCAGAAAUGUCACUGGAGAAUCUGUUAAUUUUUCACCUCCAGACAGUCACUCGCAGUAUUUAUCUACAAGUCGUGUAUACUCGCCAUCCAGGCACAUUGUUGAAACUGACAAAUUCUCACCCUCUUCUCCAUUGGCAAUGAGUGAAACGAGCUCUCGAGGAAAUACUUCUGGUGCUUCAGCUAAAAUGUCUCCUUGCCGCAACUUACCCCAUCCUCCUGUAGCCCAGAUGUUAACACCGAAGAUGGUGCCGGCAGUUAAGGAGGUCAUCAUGAACAGUAGAACAGCUUCUGAACCGCCAAAACGAAACACAAAGUAUAACAAACGAGAAGAGUAUACGAGUUCAAUACGAAGCCGAUCUGCUUCUCUCUCUCCUCAUCGAAAUAUUGGAGAUGAUUCUUUAGGUCCUCGGGAGCAGCCUUAUGGUCAGUAUGGGCCAUAUAACAGAAAAAUUGAGGGGUCAAAUGUUUAUUUGUCCCAAACAAAGAAAGAUCAGGAUGACAGUAUAUACAAAGGUCAGAAAUGGAACCCUGACAUUGAGAGUCAGCCACGCAAAGAGAAGCCACCACCUCCCUAUCCAUCCCGUACUUCACAUAAUGGACCAUGCUCAAAAUUACAUGGCGAGUCACGUAAAAAUCUUCUUCGGGGUCGGGGUAAUUUUCGAGUGGGACCAGAAGGAGUCAGUUACCGGAGGAAGAAAAUAGAAAGGUUAGACAUGAGUUUUGACCAGGCUGAUGAUUUGCCACGGUCAGAGUUGGAUGUCGAGGGUGAUGUGGACAGAGAAGAGUUGUACCCAACACCCGAAAAAAAUCGAAUAUUUUUAGAUUAUGAGUACCAAAAACACUUGGAGGACCAGCAAAAUUUCUUAUUGCUCAGAGACAAAGGAAGUGGUAGUGAUUCUGAUGCAGUCGAGACUAUUAUAUAA